AUGGGUUACAGACAUGUAGACAUGUACACAUGCAGACCACCAAAUUCAAGAACCACACCACACACAAAUGACCCAGAAAUGGCAUCAAGAAACCCUGAUCACAAAGAUAUGAGUCUUUCAAGGGGAUUAAAUACAUUAAUUAAAAAAGGGAAAUUGGAUGGUAAGAUAGUUGAAUAGUGUAAUAAUACAAUGAAUUCCUCAAUGGAAAACAACAUGUACGUUAACAAAGUGUGGAUUCAAUGUGAGAAUGAAAGUUGUUUGAAAUGGAGAUUGUUGUCAAGUGACGAUGCAGCCAAAGUUGACCAUGAUGAACCAUGGUACUGCUUCAUGAACACUAAUUCAAGAUAUAAUAACUGCUCUAUUUCUGAAGAAGACUUUCCUGAAGAGUCUCAGCUUAAUCGAAGUGGAUUUAAGAUAGUCUAUUCACAGCUCGCUCUUGGAAGCCUGGUUUUGGUAAAAUUUCAGAAUUGUCCAAGUUGGCCAGGAAUACUUUGUCCUGAUACUUUUGAAGGGAAAUAUGUGAUCUAUGACUUGGAUGGAAAUGUUGAACAGUAUCACAUAGAAUUCCUGGGUGAUCCCCAUUCAAGAUUAUGGAUAAAUGCAGCAUUUGUUGGACAUUAUAGUAUCACAUUAAAGCCAGAAAAAUGUCAGAAUAAAAAGAAGUGGUAUAAAAGUGCACUCCAAGAAGCAUACCUACUCUAUGGAUUUUCUCAUGAGCAAAGACUGGAAAUCUGUUACCUAUCAAAACAGGGUAAAUCUAAAACAGAUGCCAAAGUUGCUGUGGUGGCCAAGAAAAGGAUGCAGUUUUCCAAAAAUAAUAUUGAAGAGGAAAAGCCUACAUUUGGGAAAAGGAGAAGGAAAGCAAUUUUAAAAUGCUCUUCUGAAGAUGUUUGUACAGAUGAUGUCUUAUCAAAGGAAAACACGGUUGUCGCUGAGACAGAAGUUUUACUAAAAGAGUUGGAGCAAAUGCUGCAGCAAGCACUAGAGCCCACAGCACCUGACGAGUCCGAAGAAGGAGGAGAGGAAAUAAAUACAGGAGAAAAGUUAUCUAAAUGCAGCCCUGAAGCUCCUACAGACAGUACAUUUGAAAACCACUGUGAAGAGGAUUACCUUGUAAUUGAUGGGAUAAAAUUAAAAGCUGGAGAAUGUAUUGAGAAUAUAACUAACAAGUUUAAAGAAAUAGAUGCUUUGAUGUCUGAGUUUUAGGGUUUUCUACAUAAUUUUGGGAAUUAAUUAUUAAAACAUUGGCAUCUUCCUAUUUACUCAAAGUUAAAAACUUAAAAAUGUUUAGUGAAAUAAGUAUUCAUUAUAGCAAAAUUGAUCUUUGUAAUAACUUUCUACUUGAUAUUUUGAGAAUGACCGUGAUUUUCACAGCCAAGAAAAUGACAUUUAAGUUUGUGUUAAAAUUUUAAAAUUAAAUAACUCUGAUGUUUAUUCUUGUCUAUUUUUUUGUUUGCCUAACUUUAAAAUGGUUUAUGAAAUUUACUUCACAAACACACACUUUACAAUGAUUUUUCAAACCCUUUAUUCAAAAGUGACUGACUGUUAAAAUUACUGCCCAAACUAUUAUAAUCCUUAGAGAUAUUUCAAACCUAAUAUACUUAGAGAAUAUACAUUUGUAGUGGAAUUAAACUAUUACAAAAUAAAAAGAAAUAACUUUAAAAAGUA